AUGAGUUCUUUCUCUAUGAACGCUCUGGCGAAGACGCUCCCUUCGGUAUGCCGGCAAAAUAUCUCUCGCUCGGCUGGUCUUAGCAGUGUCCGUUCCAUCACAUCCUCCUCCUCGCAGCAAGCAGAUGGUAGCUCGAGGUUGGAGCGUACGCGAUCCCUGGAGAAUCAGAUCCUCGACCGAGCCCCCGGCAGCGCCGAUAAGGCUUCUCCUCUGUCUGCCAUUACCAAGAUGAUGCAGGGAGGCCAAUCUUCCUCCAACUCGCGUUAUACAUCCGACUACAGCAGACUGGCCGAGAGCUUGGAAGCCGAUAUGAUGCGACACCCUUACGCCGACCGCGCCCCUCCUCAUCACCUCCACGUCUACUGCCAUAAACACAACACAAUCCUCACUCUGACGCGACCGAACGGUAACCCGUUGUUGUCUAUGGGUACCGGUCAGAUUGGCUUCCGCAAGGGCGGUCGUGCUGGGUUUGAUCCCGCCUACCAGUUGUCUUCCCACGUUCUGUCGCAGAUCCAAGAACGUGGCUAUUUGCUGGAGAUUAAGCGGCUCGAGGUUGUUUUCCGUGGAUUCGGUAAGGGUCGGGAGGCUUUCACCAAGGUGUUGCUCGGAAAUGAAGGUCGCAAUGUGCGUGGACUGGUGAACCGGGUGACCGACUCUACGCGUGUUAAGUUUGGUGGUACCCGCAGUCGCAAGGUCCGCAGACUGGGUUAG